GCUACCUUAAAUCCUGCAUUGAACCCGGCACCUCAGGUGCACAUGCCCGUCCCACAGCUGCCUCCGAAAGAUAUUAUUUACUAUGGCCCGCAAAUUGGAGAUAAACGACAUCAUUUCAAGUAUUCGCAAUGUUCGCGGCGAAAGAAAGCACUCUGCAUUGGAAUCAAUUAUAUUGGAUCGCCGAAUCAGCUUAACGGCUGUAUCAAUGACGCUAAGAGGAUGCGCACCUUCUUGAUGAAUCAUUACGGGUUCAAACCUGGGGAUAUUGUCUUGUUAACGGAUGAUGGAAAGUCACAACGCCAGCGUCCCACUAAACGCAACAUCAUUGAUGCCAUGAAGUGGCUGGUGCGCGAUGCACAGGCUGAUGACUCUCUCGUUUUUCACUUUUCCGGGCACGGAGGUCAGACCCCAGACAAAGAUGGUGAUGAAGCUGAUGGAUACGAUGAAGUUAUCUAUCCCUUGGACUGGAAGAGAGCUGGUCAUAUUGUUGAUGACGACAUGCAUGACAUUAUGGUCAAACCUCUUCCAGAAGGAUGCCGAUUGACGGCUAUCUUUGACUGUUGUCAUUCUGGAUCUGCGCUAGAUUUACCAUACAUGUAUGGAAGGAACGGUAAAAUCAAGCGAGAGCCCAAUCUGUCUCGCGCAGCAGGAGAUGACAUUUUCGGCGACCGAUCGUUCAACGAUCGUGAAUAUGGCGUUAAUGAACUUGCACGAGAUUUUGAGGGAAUGGACCGUCGCCUCGGAGAUGCCAGGAGACGAAGGCGAUAUGUGCUAAAGAUCAAGACGAGUCCUGCCGACGUUAUUUCAUGGAGUGGAUGUAAAGAUUCUCAAACAAGUGCGGAUACCUUUCAGAACAACGUGGCAACAGGCGCCAUGAGCUAUGCAUUCAUAAAGUGUUUGAAAGAGAAUCCCAAUGUGACAUACCAAGAACUUCUCAUAAACAUCAGGAAAAUCCUCAAGAACCGCUUCAGCCAGAAACCACAGCUCUCAGCUUCCCAUCCCAUCGACACAUCCGUUCGAUUCCUAAUUUAAAUAAUUUAUCAGAGACUAACCACUUGUCCCUAACUCAUUGCCGACGAUAAUUGCAUUGUCUGUUGUUCUUCCUAUUAUUUGUACCAUUUACGAUCAUUUACGACGUGUCAUGCCUCUGUAGCUAUUUAUGCUCCAGUGUAUCGCUCACUUCCUUAUCGUAGCCACUUAAAUACUCCCGUUAAUACAAUCUAACAUUUA